AUGCAUAUAAAGGAGGUAACCAUCCGCGGCUUUCGAACAUACCGCCACGCGACAACGAUUCGCUUCUCUCCAAGAUACAACUGCAUCGUCGGCAGCAAUGGAAGCGGGAAGUCGAACGUUUUGCUGGCGAUCGCCUUUGCGCUAGGCGAAGGGGGGCACUCGCCAGCGGAGCGCCGCAUGCUUCUGCACGAGGGCGUCAGCGAGCGCGUCGCAGAAGGCGCCGUGGAGCUCGUCCUGGCGAAUCAAGACCGCCGCCUGUGCAUGUACGAUGCAGACGAAGUUCAGAUUCGCCGCGUCUUCAGCGCAACCACAGAUGACAGCUUCGUGCAGGGGAAGCGCGUCAGCAAAUCAGGGCUGCAGCAGCUUCUGGAAUGCGCCGGAUUCGCACGAGGCCGGGCGGGCGCGGCGACGUCGCUGACGGCGACCUCGACGGCCUAUUUCAUUCAGCAGGGCCGCAUCGUGCAGGUGGCGCUGCAGUCGAGCGCGGAGCGUCUCGCGCUGCUGCAGCACGUCGCCUUGGGGGCGUCCUUCGACGCGAAGACACAGGAAAUCGAGACCUUGCUGCGCGUCGGCGCCUGCGAGGCCGACCGCGUCCGCGCGCAGGUCAAGGAGAUCGGCGACAAAUUCGAUGAAAUGGCCGCGGAACGCGGCGAACUGAAGGCUUGCCUUGAACUCGAAGAAGAAAAGGAGAAAAUCGACUUCGUCCUCGCAGAGGCGGCGUGGCGCGAAGCGGCUGCGUGUCUGGAGGCGAGCGGACGGGCGAGCGCCGACCAGACGCUGCGCAUUGAAGAGCUGGAGGAGCGGCUGGACGCGGCUCAGAGUCUGCGCGAGGAGCUCGAGAAGCAACUGGAAGUCCUCAAGGCGCAGCAAGCGCGGCAGACAGCCCUCCGCGACGAGGCCGCCCACACGCAGGCCGAGCUCCGCGCGGAAGAGGAGAAGCUCAGGCUCGAGGCAGAGCGCUGGGAGAGGCGGGAAGUCGCGGAGGAGCGAGGCGACGACAGGCGCGAGAGCGAGUUGAAGGCGCUCAAGGCGCGACUUCACGAUCUUGAGAAAGGCAUCGAAGAGGACCUGCGGCCGUCGCUCCACGGCACGCUGACAAAGUAUCAGACCGCUCAACAGAAGCUGCAGCAGGCGCAGCAGCAAUGCACUGCCCUCCAGUGCCGGCGCGGCUUGUUGGCCUCGCGAGCGGCGGAGGCCGAGACGAAGCCGCGAGAGGACGCGAAGAAGAGGAAAGGCGCCAAGCCGCUGAAGCAGGGUGAGGGCGGCGCGGGCAAAGCGUUCGUCUGCUCGGAGGCUGAAGUCCAGCGAGAAAUCAAACAGGCUGAGCACCUCGGGAAAGAAGAGACACAAAUGCUAAAGACCUUCACAGCCAAGAUUGAAGCGCUAAGGAACGAGCGAGCGGAACUCGAGCGCGAACGCGAGGCCUCGGAGCUGGAUCACGGCAAGGCCUUGGAGCAGCUGCGAGAGACAGAGACAGCCCAGGUCGAACUCGGGAAGGCGUUUGAGGCGGCGCUGGAGGAGCUCCGCGUGCAGCAGGCUCAGCUCGGCGAUUUGCUUCAGGAGCACACCGCGACCAAAGACACACUCGAAACCUGCAAAGACCGCUUCUGGUCGCACUUCCGCACGGACGUCCGCGACGGUCUUCAGGCGGCGAUCGCCUUCGCGCGCGAGAAACGCUGGCUGGCGAAAAGUUUGGGCGACAGCGAAAAGGCGGUGCAUGGAGCGAAGCCCGACGCCUCGUCCGCGACCGACAGAAACGAGUGCGACGGGGGCAGCGAAAAUCCCCAGGCUGGCGACGGCCUGCCGCGCCCGGCCGCGGGGAUGCUUCUCGACUUCAUCGACGUCGCCUCGGAGUAUCGGCGCGCAGUUGAGGCGACGGGGGGACACGCGCUGACGGCAUUCCUCGUUCCAGACGGGCGGGCAGCCGCGGAGCUUCUCGCGUUUCUGAAGACGCGGCGCUCACACAGCGCGUCGAGCUUCCUCGGCCGAGGCGCGUCGCGGGGGUCUGAGCGCGAAGGGAGUGAGCUGCGCGAAGGGAAGCCGAACGUAAGCAUCACCGUCGUGCCGCUGGAGGAAGUCGCGGCGCUCCAGAGACAGAAAGAAGAGACCGGCAAGCACAAGGCGCGACACAGGUGGAUUCAAACCCUCACGGAGGAAGGCCGCUGCAUGCCGCUAGCCGAGUGCAUCGACGUACAGGUGCCUGGUGCGGGCGCCGAGAUAGACAAGGAGACGUCGACGGCCUCAAAGGUCUCCGCGUACCUGCGGAGUGUCUUCGGCCGAGCGAUGCUGGUUCCUUCCCUUGCCGAAUCAGACGAUGGCUUGAUCCCGAGUCUCCACGAGAAAGGGCUGGAUUGCGUGACUGUAGACGGAGAUGUGGCCUUCGCGUCUGGAAUCGUGCGCGGCGGGAGCGCGUUGACGCCCUUCCUCGCAUUGUCGGGCUCGUUGGGGGAGGAGAAGGUCGCGUGCGCCGCCUUGCCGCAGCCUGCCUCGUGCGGAAAGCUCCAGGCUUAUCGCCAUCUGCAACAGCGCAUGGAGCAGCUCGACGCGCUGGAACGUCAGAUCGAGGAGACGCGGAAGCGCGCGGCAGAAGUCGAGAACAGACACGGGGCGUUCAUCGAGAAGGAGCAGUUGCUCUGCGAAGCGCGCGCGAGAUGCCACGGGGCUCUCGACGAGGCCGUCACGACUCGCCAGCACGCGGAAAGCCGGCUUCGAGCCACCGCAGAGCUUCUGGCGGCCGUCGAGGAAGAAGCGCGACAGGCGACGCAGCGUGCCCACGGCCUCAAAACGCUCAUUCAAAAUCUGCGAAAAGAGAGUAUUUCGCCUGACAACGCCGCAGGGUUCUCCACCGAAGAGAAGAGCGAACUUGCGAGGCUGCGCGCGGAGAUUCGCGAACUCGAGCGCGAAUUGACUUCCCUCGCGGCGGAGACUGAGAAGAAGGAGCGCGCAGUGCAACAGGCGAUGGAUGAGGCAGACUUGCACCUGCGCAAGCAGAUUCAACGGCUAGAGAGAGAAGAGGCGCGCCGGAGUCGGUCGGAGGCUCACGAGAAGCGGCAGGAGAUGGAGGAGCGGCUCGCUGCGGUCAAUCGGCGAAUGAUUCAAGAAGAGGAAGCGAGUCGCAAGAGCGAGCGGCGCUUGCGCGUCCUUGAGCAAGAAGUCGAGGAGAAGGAAGGGGAGCUGGCGCUUGCAGAGAAGCAGCGCCAGGCGAUCGUCGUCCAAGUUGAAGACGCGUUACGAGCUCUCCAAAUGAGCAAGCGCGCUGCAGACAGUGCAGAGCGAGCGAAGGACGACGCAGAGGCGCUCCUUGCCACGACAGGGGCGGCUGCAGCAGCUGCCUCCGACGUGCCGAGUCUGCGGCUGCUGAGCUCCCGCGAGUUGGCGGCGAAGCUCAGCGCCGUCAAGAAGAAACUCGAAGCCUACGCCCACGUCAAUAGGCGAGCCGUUGAUCAGUUCGCCAACCUCCAGGAUGACUACGCCGCGCUUCAGCAGCGCGCCAGCGUCCAGGAGCGCGCCCAGGAGGUCAUCGGCGAGCAGCUGCGAGUUCUGGUGAAGCGGAAAAAGAAGGCGCUUCUUGCCUCGUUCGCUCGCGUCAACGAGGAAUUCCAAAGAAUAUUUGCCACGCUGGCCCCUGGGGCGCGAGCGGAGAUGGUGCUGCAGCACUCUCUGCUGCCUGGUGGCGGGCGCGGAUGCUUUGAGGACGACAAGGCAGGGAAGGGCUCCUCGUCUCGCGGCGAUGCCAGCAGAGCGAAGCCUCAGCCAGAGCGCAGGCCGGGGGGCCCUUCAGGCGGCGCGGCGGAGAGCUCGGAGAAUUUCAACCAGGACGGAGAAGAGAGCGGCGAAGACGAUAACGCCUCUUCGCUGAUCGGCAUCGACAUUCGGGCGUCUUUUUCAGAGGCCUCGCUCGCCGAUCCGGCGGCGGCGGGAGCCCGCCAAGGCAGCCCACCGCUCCGACUCGCUCUCUUGCCUGGGGACAGCGAGCGCCGCGACUGGAAGAAGGGCCCCGGCGGAGAAGGCCGCACGCUUGGCAUGAAUCACCUCUCAGGCGGUCAGAAGUCGCUCGUCUCUCUGGCGCUUCUCCUUGCACUCCAGCGCGUCUCCUGCGGCCUGUCUUCGCCGUCGGAGGCAGACGCGGUGCGCGACCUCCCAGGAGGCGUUUUGCUUCUCGACGAGGUUGACGCAGCGCUCGAUGAAAAUCAUCGCCGCGCGGCUGCGCUUGCUCUGGCUCAGACCGCUGAGCGACGCAUCUCGCAGGUCAUUCUCACGACGUUCAGGCCCGAGCUGCUGUCUCCCGCAGAUUCGCUUCUGCAUGUGCACCAAGAAAACCGCGUGUCUUACGCCGAGCCGAUCGACCUGCGCGCGGCAGUGGCUUUGCUGCAGGAGCCACAGGGCGACGAAGUGACCUUCGGCGACGAAGCGAGGAAGCAACUCCGCGGCCGCAGCGAAGGAGCUGAGCACGAAUGGGCUCCGCUUGCUGCGCCCGCCCCCCUGGCGUACUGA